GUCACCCCUGGCUGCUGCUUUCUCCCAGGGUCCCAGAGGCAAGGUUCUUGCUUCUUUCUGCUUCCUCACUCAUCAGGUUUCUGUUUUCCUUCCAGGGCUGCUGGGGGUUGGGUGUUGGGAGGCUGUGCCUGGUGGGCCUUACAGAGAUGUUCAGUGCUUGGAAUCUUCGGGACCAGCCCCCUGAGGAGAGGGCAGCUGCAGAUCUCCAGGGUUUCGCUGUGGACAAGACCUUCCUGUCUUCCCUCAAAGGCAUCCUGCUGGAAACUGAGCUGGCCCUCACUUUUGUCAUCUUCAUCUGCUUCACGGCCUCCAUCUCUGCCUACAUGGCGGCUGCACUGCUGGAGUUCUUCAUCACGCUCUCCUUCCUCUUCCUCUACACUACCCAGUACUACCAGCGCUGUGAUCGACUUAAUUGGCCUUGUCUGGACUUCCUCCGCUGUGUCAGUGCUAUCAUCAUCUUCCUCGUGGUCUCUUUUGCUGCUGUGACCUCCCGGGAGGGAGCUGCCAUUGCUGCUUUUGUAUUUGGUAUCAUCCUGGUUUCUGUCUUUGCCUAUGAUGCUUUCAAGAUCUACCAGAAUGAGUUGGUGACCAGAGCUAGCCAGGGGGACCAACAGUGACUCCAAGGAUACCUGAUUCCUAGGCUCAGCCAGACACAGAGACUGUGGAGCCCAAGCAUGCCUCCUUUGGAUUCAGUGUUACCUCCACCCCACCCCCCAGUGCAGCAUCUUCCACCUCAGGUCUACAAAGAUGGGUGCUUGAGAAGUCAUGGGGGACCUAUCUGUGGAAACUGGUACUCUGGAGCUUGGCUCCUAAAGAAGUUUUGGAGUGCUGUCAUCAGAUGGGAGGAAGGAG